UCCGACUACCCUAUGGACAAUAAGGACAGCCUAUUUGAUAUUCAGGUAUUGAUUCCAGUAACUAUAAUUUGUAUUUUGCUGUUUCUGCUAGGAGUCACGGGAAACUUCAUAACAAUAUUGAUUUUCAAGAGGUACAAGGACAUGAGGUCCACCGUUAAUAUGUAUCUUUCCAGUAUGGCAGUUUCCGACAUCCUUAUUUUCCUUGGUAUGCCUUCAGAUUUGUACAGAAUUUGGAAAUAUAAACCAUAUAUAUUUGGGGACUUUGUCUGCAAAUUUCUCGUUUACCUGAGCGAGAUGUGCACGUACUGUACAAUUCUUCACAUUACCACUGUAAGUGUGGAAAGAUACCUUGCCAUAUGUUUUCCUUUGAAAGCCAAGAUUAUGAUAACCAAAAAAAGAGUGAAGGCCGUUAUUAUCCUUCUGUGGAUUGUUUCCUUAAUCACGGCUGGGCCAAUAUUGUUCCUUUUUGGGGUGGAAAAUCCUUCUGGAUCUCAAGAGGAAGAAACCAUGGAGUGUAAAUACGUGGAACAGUCAGCCCAAAGUGGACUUCUGCGCGUAAUGACAUGGGUUUCCACCAUAUACUUUAUCAUACCAAUGUUCUUUUUGAUGUUGUUGUAUGGGCUCAUCUGCAGAAAGCUUUGGAAUACCAAGCAUGAGAGCAGAGGACCAUCUACUGUCAACAGAGGGAAACAGCACAAGCAAACAGUGAAAAUGUUGGUGCUUGUAGUUCUGUCCUUCGUAUUGUGUUGGCUGCCUUUCCACAUUAGCCGCAUCUUGUUUGCCUGGGCUGGCAUCGGAGAACUCAUGCUGUACGAACUCACACAGUAUUUGAAUCUGCUUUCGAUGGUUCUUUUUUAUCUAAGCGCCUCCAUCAAUCCCAUGCUCUACAAUAUCAUGUCCCAAAAAUACAGGACAGCCAUGAACAAGAUUCUGAACCCACGUCAAGCCCUACAAUCCAGGACCAUUACACGAAGCGAGCAGUCUUCAUUGGAAAGGACUGAGCUCAGUUCAUUUCAUUGA